GCUCCCCCGGAGCUCCCCGCUGCGCCCCCGGAGCUCCCCGCUGCUCCCCCGGAGCUCCCCGCUGCGCCCCCGGAGCCCCCCGCUGCGCGCCCGGAGCCCCCCGCUGCUCCCCGCUGCUCCCCCGGAGCUCCCCGCUGCGCCCCCGGAGCCCCCGCUGCUCCCCCGGAGCUCCCCGCUGCUCCCCCGGAGCUCCCCGCUGCGCCCCCGGAGCCCCCCGCUGCGCGCCCGGAGCCCCCCGCUGCUCCCCGCUGCGCCCGGAAGCUGGUGAUGCAGUCAGCAAGUCAGGGAUCCCCCAAAACAAGACCGGACUGCCUCGAGGCCCGCACGACCGUAACCAGCAGGAAGUAGCGCGAGGAACAGCGCUAACCUCUCUCCUACCCCGGAGCGGGGCGGAGAAGGCGGGAAGACAUAGAAGCAACUUCAAUAAAAUCGUUUCAAAGUGCGCCAGCGAGUACGUGGGAGAGGGCACAACUCUGGCCACACAACCAGGGGUUUUUCUUUCUUCCUAAGCCUGUGUGGCUCCGACACCUGUGCCAGCCCGCGACACGCCAGACCCCACCUCAGAACGAACGAACUUGACCAAAACUCCGCAAGCCACCAACCGCGAAGUCUCCGAUUCCUGCUAGCGUCGGUGCCAACUGUUGUGCCGUCAUUCACCAUUUCUACAAGCAGAUGCCUAAGGACACACCGACAUGUAUGUACUGACGCACGAGGGGCGUGGGGGUGCACAGACACGCGGGCCACGCCUCACUGGCCCCCGGCUGCAGCACCCCUCUGUGUACCCCUGCAUGAGCCUGCAGCACCCCUCUGUGCCCCUGCAUGAGCCUGCAGCACCCCUCUGUGUGCCCCUGCAUGAGCCUGCAGCACUGUGGCUGGCCAAGUCGGCACACGAUGAACGGAGAAAGCCACUCGGGUGUGACUGUCCUGAACUGUCUGUCCCUUCUCCACGGCAGAGCCAGCCCUGGAUCCCCUGCGGGCACACGACUCAGGGCCGUGCUGGAAGCCCAUGCCUCGCCUUUCCUACUUGUUCAAAGGUUGGCGUUGCAGGCCUUUACGUGGGAUCUGGGGAUUUGAACUCGGGUCAUCCUGCUUUCACAAGUGCCUUUACCCCCUGAGCCAUUUGCAAGGUCCUCUUUGGGCUUUAAGGCUUUUCCCCACCCCCAUGCCUGGUGAUUGAACCUGUGACUUUCUGAAUGCUGGAUAAACGUGUGCCCCUGGGCUACAGCGCUAGCUGAAGGCAAUCAGAUGUCCUGCCCGCAGGAGGAUGUGGAAGCAGCAGCAGUGUCCCCAAAAUGUGCAUCCCACAUCCGGUGCUCGCCUUCACGGAGGGCAGGGGCGAAACAGACAGUUACACAGUCCCCGGAAUCCGUGCCAACGCGUGGAGAAACAGCGAACCCUGCCUGGGGUCGGCAGAGACUUCCUGAAGACAUGACACUUACUCCGAAACAGAGGAGGGGAGGGCUAGCCGCUCCUGCCCGCAGUCCCAGAGCUGACGAGGCGGAGGCAGGCAGGCCCCCUCUUUAGGCCGGUGGAGUGACUCACCCACCCAAGGGCAAGGCUGGCAACCCGUGUUCUAGCCCCGGGUCCCACGUGUAAGAGAGAAUGACCUUGUGCUCUCUGGCCUCUGCAGCAUGUGCACACGCACGCACACACACACACACACGUAAAGUGUAAUUCUAAAAGAACAACAGAAGACCUUAAAGCAGAAUGAGAGCAUUGCUAGAGGAGAAGCUGGGAUUUGGAAACGGAAGAGUGCUUGCCCAGCAUGAGCCUCAUAAACUGAGAGUGGUGAAGACACCUGAUCCCAGCCCUCGGGGAGCAGAGGCCAGAGGGGAAGAAACUCAAGGGCUGGCAUCGCAGCUAUGCACCACGAGGCCUGACCAGCUCCCACGUGGGUCCAGCCCCUCUGCGCGCCCUUACACGGAUGACACGCCCAGGCACACCUCACAGCCUGGGGACCGACCGCAGCCGGCGUCCUCCGGAGACGGCGGUGCCGGUUCGUGUCUGAGCUGUCAGAUGGCCCCGCCACGACAUGCUUCAGAUUCCAGGGGCCUAAUGAGAAAGUGUCAGGCCCGGGUGGGGCUCCCACCAGCUCGCGGGCGCCCGGGGCUGCGGGGCAGAGGUAAGGCCCGGGCACAGGUGUGCCCGCUCGGUGCCUGGAGACGUCUGCGAGCGCCGGGCGGCGAGGGGCCACGCUCGGAAGCAGGGCGCCUCGUCACUCGCCCGUGUAAGCGUGCUGUCACCCAGCCUGGAGGGGCCGGAGGUAGCGUGGGCAGCGGAGGCGCCGCUGCGAGCGUGCUGUCCAGCGUCCACGCGGGGGACCCGCAUCAGAACCCGGGGCCCUCCCGGCCGCCCCUGCCUCUCUUUCCUUCCUCACCCCCCACCCAUGACCUCUGCAUCGCGGCCUUCUCACCCCCAGGCUCUGCUUUCCGUGUGGGCGCGAUGCUCAGUCAGCAACACCCCCCCUCAGCCACGCUUCCCCCACGGCCAUGCUCCCCACCCCACGGCCACACUCCCCACCCCAAGGCAAUGGGCCUUUUCACUGGAGUCCCUUCCCAAUGGACUCCAGUCCUAUGGAAGGAGACGCCGCCAUGAACCCUUAAAACAAAGCUGGUAGAUUGUGUGGUGGCCUCUGCAAUCCCAGCACUCGGGGGGCAGAAGCAAGAGGGCCGCCGCAGGUCUGAGGCUAGCCGGCCCACGCCGGGAGGGCUAGACAGCCAGAGCUACGCAAAAGACUGCAAACGGGCUGGAGAGAUGGCUCAGAGGUUAAGAGCGCUGGCUGCUCUUCCAGAGGUCCUGAGUCCAAUUCCCAGCGUCCACAUGGUGGCUCCCAACCAGUCUAUACUGGGGUCUGAUGCUGUCUUCUGGCACGCAGGCGAGUGUACAUGCAGAGCGCUCAUAAACAUUAAAUAAACAAAUUAAAAAAAAAAAAAAAAGGCAAACAAACAAGCCAGGCACAGUGGCUUUUUGUCAGCCAGGGCUAUGUAACCCUGAGACCCUGUAUUGAUAAAAAACAAACAAGCCUCAGUCGGUGAACCAGCUGAGAGAGUUUAGGUGCUUGGCAGGCGAUGCUGGCCACCUCUGGGAUGCCAGAGCCACGCCUGAGGAGAGAAACCACCCGGGGAAGGCCGGCCUGUGGGCCGCGGCAGCUCACACCCACACACAAUAGAAGAAAUGGACUGGGGGAAAUACAUGAAAAUUAAAGCAGUUUGUGAAGACAGAGG